UGAAGGUGUCCAGUUCCGGAGAACCUGACCAAGAUGGUCCGCUCCACUCCAUCCAUCCCCCUUCUCACUGACAUGUCAUCCUCAACUCAGCAUCGUUGAUUUGUCAAACAGUCUCAUCUGCACCCUCGGUUCUCCUCCCUUGCCUCACCUGUACACGAGCCGCCGCUAGUCGUCCAGUGUCACUUUGCUCUUGCUCACUUUCCCUUCCAAAGCCCAAACCCACCUGCAGAUUACCAGCUCACACGCGCUCCUCUUUGAUUCGUAUAUAUACAAGAGAAACCCCUCCAAUUCGAUUCAAUUCCACACUAGCUAGUUUCAAGAACUGCUCAAAAUCCCACAAAGCUGCGCUUCACGGCAGCCAAGAGCACUGGGGAAGAGCCUUCUUCUUGCGAGGAGAAGGAGGAUAGACAAGGAUCUGGAGGCGACGGGCCGAUGGCGGUGACUGGGGCCUCGGUGGCCGCGGCGGCCACGAUGCUGGCGGCGGUGGCCGCCAUCUUCAUCACAUUCGUGCUCUGCUUCUACCUCUUCCUCUGCGCCAAGCGCUACCGCGGCGCCGCCCCCACCAUCGGCGGCGGCGGCAGCGGCAGCGGCCGCGCGCGGUUCGUCUUCGCGGGGCCCGGCGGCUGCCGCGGCGGGGGCGGGGGCAUGAACGAGACGGCCAUCGCAGCGCUGCCAAGGAAGGUGGUGGCGGCGGCGGAGGGGGAAGGGAGCCCCGCGGCGGAAGGGGACUGCGCCGUCUGCAUCACAGAGCUCGCUGCUGGGGAGGCCGCGCGCGUGCUGCCACGGUGCGGCCACGCUUUCCACGUCGAGUGCGUCGACAUGUGGCUGCGCUCGCACUCCACCUGCCCGCUCUGCCGGUGCGCGGUGGUCGACGAGGAGGUGUCAGCAGUGCAACCCCCGGAGGCCGACCUGGAGUCCCCCAACUUCCCCACCAACGUGCUCUUCGUUGGCUCCCAGGACGCCGUCAGAACCCGCGGCGCCGCUGCGCCGACACUACCACAGCAGCCGGCACCAGUGCCGCCGCAGGCGCCGGGACCCAUCGCCGGAGUCGCGGCCGUCGUGGAGGCAGCUAGAGUAGCCGCCCUGCGACGGCUGCUGGGCUGCGGCGGCGCGACGCCCCCGGCUCCGCCGCAGCAGCAGGAAGACCGCGACUUGGAGGCUGGCGAGAGCAGCGGGUCGCCGCCGGCGAAGCCGCGGUCAGGAUCUUGAUGCUGGUACCAAGGUUAACAUUCUCGGUAAAACAAAAUUUACCGUAGGUCAGCCUGGUACUCGCACCACUCGCUCUCCUUCUGUCCUUCACCCCUCCCUCCUCUCCUUCUUGAGCCAUUUCAGGCAUCAGAGGGAAGCAAGUGUACAGAUAAUCUGUUAAUCUAUAAUCAACUGGAGUACUGCAUAGUAAUUUAUAAACAAGAUUUCUGGGUGCUGUACAUUUUACCAA